UGGCGGCGGCUUCGAAAGCCGCUUUGGGCGCACAUUCUUAGGCGACCCUCUCUCAGCUUCCGCUGCGGUCUCUCCGAGACGCUUCUCUCUGACGCUGCUCUGGGGAUACUGUCUGGCACAGUUCCCCACUUUACAUCAGGGUCGAGUUGGAGGUGAACCCCUCGAGUCUGAUACGGCCGGGCCAAUCCACCGGCCGAGCCACGGACUGUCGUCAUGACGUGUGGUUUUCAGAAGUUGUUUUCUGUGGAAGAGGACUUUGAAGAUGAGGAUUUCUUAUCUGCUUUGGAGAAUGCAGAGAACCGUUUUGUUAGUGCACUGCCCGGGGAUGCCGGGUGCCUGAGACCCGUCUCUUCCAGACCACAGGAGACUCCGCAGGCACAAUCCUCAAAACUGUCCCCAUCAUACCCCGCCUCCAACCGGUCAGUCCCAGGACUAUGUUUCCCUACUUCCUGCAUGCCAGAGACCAUCAAGGAGCCACCCUGCAAAGGAGCCAUGUUCCUGAGACCUGCCUCAAUUUCCAGCAGCAGCUCAGGCAGUCAGCAAAGAAUGACAGGACCAAAAGUGUCCCAGGAGUCAUCAGGACGUCAGUCCUCGGCCAUACACUCUGGAUUUAUCUUUGAGAGCUGUCAACAGGGCACUGGUGACUUCGAAGCACCUGAUCAAGAUGAGUUUGACAAGGCCCUGGCGAGCAUGGAGUUUGAGGGAGCUGGCUUGGAGCUAGAAGUUAACCGUGGAGCCUCCCAGAUCCUGCCUGCCAAGCACUGUGAGGAUCCUGUAUUGGCGAAAAAGGCCCGAGUAGCUGAUCUGAGUGGAUCUUUCCAGGAGGGGCCCAUUCUCCACUGUAGAAAGCCAUGGCCUUCCUUAAGACCGACUACAGCCGCAGGAGGCCUUCCUGUCCCAGCUACAUCAGACGUUUCCAUUUCCCAUCAAAGGGGCCCCCCCAUUCCUGCACCUCAGUAUCCACCAGUAGCUGGAAGGACCCUCCAAAAUGGCCCACAGAGCUAUGUGCCUGGUCAGCCACAUCAGUCUCCCAGAGCUUGGUCAAGUGGCAAACCCCGUUUUUCUGGAUCUCAACGUCCCCACAGCAGCUCUGCAGCGUUUUGUCAGGGGCCCUCGCCAUCCCGAGCCCCAGUGUCUUCUGUUGAAUCUCCUUUCAGCACCCCCAGAAGUACUUCCACCACAGUUACUCAGCCAGCUCUUCAGACACCAGUAGUCACCAACCACCUGGUACAGCUUGUCACCGCUACCAACCGGACUCCCCAGCAGCCCUCCCGCCCCUCCAUUCGAGCUAAAACCCGCCGCUUUCCUGGCCCAGCAGGACUUCUGCCUCAUCAACACAGCGGGGAGAAUCUGGAGGAGAUCAUGGUUUCCACACCCCAGACUCCGACUCACGGUGCUCUGGCUAAAUUCCAGACUGAGAUUGUUACCAGUUCCCAGGGAUCAGUGGAAGAAGACUUUGGGCGAGGGCCCUGGCUCACCAUGAAAUCUGCUCUGGGCCUGGAUGAGCGAGACCCCACCUGCUUUCUCUAUACCUACAGUAUUGUCAUGGUGCUACGCAAGGCAGCCCUCAAACAGCUCCCCAGGAACAAGGUCCCCAACAUGGCAGUGAUGAUCAAGUCCCUGACCCGGAGCACAAUGGACGCCAGUGUGGUUUUUAAGGACCCCACAGGAGAGAUGCUUGGAACAGUGCACAGAAUGCUUUUGGAGACACACCAGAAUGAGCUGAAGCCUGGCUCCGUGCUGUUGCUGAAGCAGAUUGGAGUGUUUUCUCCUUCCCUCAGAAACCACUACCUGAAUGUGACACCCAACAACCUGGUCCACAUUUACAGUCUAGAUUCUGGGGAUGGGGACUUCCUCAAGCCACCUCAGCCCUUGCCCAAGGAUCUGGGAAACUCCCAUGGCAGCCUCCAGCCUGAUGUGGCUGCAGAGCCCACACAGGGCCUCAGAACAGCACAGAACCCACCGGCGUCUCCCGAAGAAGAGCUCCCAGAGGCAGAUGACCUGGAUGGACUCCUGAGUGAGCUCCCCGAGGACUUCUUCUGUGAGCCCAGUGGCUGGAGCUGUCUCAAGACAGGGCACCCACCAUGAGCUGGCAGCCUCUGCCCCCACACAAACUCUCGGUGCAUCUGGUCACGUCCAAGGGAGAGAGACAGUGUAGCUGGGGACGAUUCAAGCCCAUGGUCUGACACCUCCCCAUGGCCACCUUGGAAUGCUCGGUGACAGCCAGACAGUGCGCUGCGUGGCUUGACUACUUCCUCUGGCAUGGGCAUCCUGGAAAUCUGAGCAAGCCUCGCUCCCCAACAUCCUUGUCCCUGUCACAUCAUCCUCCGGCCAAUAAGAAAAGCAGGAUCCUCCCACCCCGUCUUAACUUUAGAGAGGUUGGGCCUGAUUUCCUUGACCCAUUGUUCCUCAAUUCCUUGACAGCUGAGGAGCCCAAAGGAGCUACAAGCACAUCAGAGGCCUGAUGGACCUAACUGGUCCACAAGGGUGACGGUGAGGUGCAGGCUACUGUGAUUGGUUCUGAAAUAAAGCAUCCCUUCCUCACCUGCCA